CUAGAAAUUCACUUCAAAACUCAUAGCAUUCACAACUUCUUUAAUUUCCUCUGCACUAAAAGCUAUAUAUAUACAUAUCUUGUCAUUUGAGCCAAACUACUUAUUGUUUCUUCAAUUUGUUUAAACAUGGAUAUGGUGAUGAAGUUGGGAGCAUCAAGUGCGGUGGUGAUAUUCACCAAGAGUAGUUGUUGCAUCUCUCAUACCAUCGAGACCCUAAUUCGUAGUUUUGGUGCAAACCCUAUAGUUUACGAGCUCGAUACACAUCCAAAUGGGAAGCAAAUGGAGAAGGCACUGCUAGAACUAGGGUGUCAACCAAGUGUACCAGCAAUAUUUAUAGGGAAAGAGUUAGUUGGUGGUGCUAAUGAGAUAAUGAGCCUUAAUGUAAGGGGCAAGCUUAAACAAUUGCUCAUUAGGGCUAAUGCCAUUUGGAUAUAGAAAUUAAUUAGUAAUUAAUAAUGACUAGCUAUGUAUCAUGCAAUUAGUCUUAAGAGUUUUGCUAAUAAACAUAAUGUACCUCUUAUGGAGAAUUUUUUGUUUUCUCUCACAUGUUUGCUUCUUGAUAUAUAAAUAAAUAAAAGUUAUACUUUGGUCA